AUGUUGUCUAAAAGUGUAUUGUACUCUCUUCGAAAAGGUCCACAACCUCGCCAACUUCAUCACGUAGCAAAAGCACCUUUACCUGGAGAACCUACAAAACCAUAUACACUUACUGAAAUUCCCGGACCGAGGUCAGAAGCUCUUCUGAAUGAAUUUUCUAAAAUUCAGCAAGUAGGCUCUAUUCAAUAUUUCGCAGACUACCAAAGAUCUGUUGGCAAUUAUUUAGCAGAUAUUGAUGGAAAUGUUUUCUUAGAUAUGUUUAUGCAAAUUUCUACGCUUCCCCUUGGAUAUAAUCAUAGAUCAAUCUUGGGCGCUUUAUCAUGUGCAGGGAAUCAACGAAUAAUGGCGAAUAGGCCAGCAUUAGGAUUGUUUCCAGGCUUAGAAUGGCCAUGCAAACUUCAAGAUACAUUACUUCAACCGUGUGUAGCUCCAAAGGGAUUAACAUGUGUUUUCACGACUACGUGUGGGGCUUGUUCAAAUGAACAUGCUAUACAAGCUGCAUUUAUAAAAUAUGCGGAAAGACGUCGUCGAGGAGAAAACUUUACAAAAGAAGAAAAAAAAAGUGCUCUCUUUAAUAAACCACCUGGCUGCCCGGAAUUGUCCAUUCUGUCCUUCGAAGGUGGAUAUCAUGGCAGAACAUUUGCUGCACUGGCAUUAUCGCAUUAUAAAUACAUAACGAAAAUUGAUAUACCUUCUCUUCCAUGGCCUAUAGCACCUUUUCCACAAUAUUCAUAUCCAUUAGAUGAAUGUGAAAAAGAAAAUAAAGAAGAGGAUGCUAGAUGCUUAGGAAAAGUAGAAGAGUUAAUAGAACAAUAUGAAAAGUCAGCACCAGUAGCUGGUAUUAUAGUGGAAGCAAUACAAUGCGAAGGUGGAGAUAGACAUGCAUCACCAGAAUUCUUUCAAUGUUUGCAAGGAAUUGCCAAAAAAAAAUGCAUUCCCUUGAUAAUGGACGAAUUACAAACAGGUGGUGGUGCGACAGGACGAAUGUGGGCCCAUGAUUAUUUUGAAUUAAAUACACCUCCUGACAUUGUUACGUAUAGCAAAAAAAUGCAAGCAAGUGGAUUCUAUCAUUCUUCUGAAUACAUGCCUACGCUUCCAUACAGAAUCUUCAAUACAUGGAUGGGUGAUCCAAGCAAGAUAUUAAUAUUAGAAGCAGUAUUACAAACUAUUGAGACAGAAGAUUUGUUAACUCAUGUCUGUCAUGUCAGUAAUUAUUUACUUUGUAAGUUGAAUACAUUGCAACAGGAGUUCCCACAAAUUAUAAACUCUGUAAGGGGUAGAGGUUUCAUAAUUGCAUUUGAUCUGGCAUGUAAAGAGAUGAAAGAUAAAAUGUUUCAUCAGUUACGUUGUAGAGGUAUUCAAGUAGGAGAUUGUGGGAUCAAAUCGAUUCGGCUGAGACCAUGCCUAAUAUUUGGAGAAUAUCAUGCUGAUAUCUUUUUAGAAAAUCUUCGUUGCUGUUUACAAGAAUUUUCACAAAGCUGA